CUGGCUGCAAGGACAGGGGACUGACUGCUGCUAUCCUGCCACUGUCACUGAGGGAUCCCUGAGCUUUGCCUUUCAGAGCGGCGAGCAGGACCUGAGGCACAGGGAUGAGAGUAGAACAUCAGGAUUCCCCUUCCUCCCACAGCACUGUACUGCCAGCCUGAAACACAAAGAGCCAUAGGGCAAGCCCUCUAUCCCAUCUGUUCCCUGCUCAAACAGCAAUCAGGCAAAUAUGGGUCACUCACCUCUGGAGUUCAGCGACUGUUACCUGGAUAGCCCCAUCUUCCGAGAGAGCCUAAAAGGUUACGAGCAAGAGCUGGAGAGGACCAACAAGUUUAUCAAAGAUGUUAUAAAAGAUGGGAAUGCGUUGAUCAGUGCUAUAAAAGGUUACUCCAGUGCAGUACAGAAAUUCUCUCAAACCUUGCAAAGCUACCAGUUUGACUUUAUUGGGGACACCAUGACAGACGAUGAAAUAAAUAUUGCCGAGUCCUUUAAAGAGUUUGCUGACCUGCUGCAGGAAGUGGAGAAUGAGAGGAUGAUGAUGCUUCAAAAUGCUGAUGAUCUACUGAUCAAACCUCUGGAGAGUUUUCGCAAGGAUCAAAUUGGACUCACAAAGGAGCGAAAGAAGAAGUUCGACAAAGACGGUGAGAAGUAUUAUUCACUUCUGGAUCGACAUGUAAACUUAUCAUCUAAAAAGAAAGAGGUCCAACUUAAUGAGGCUGACCAGCAAGUGGACAGAGAGAAGCAGAAUUUCUAUGAAUCUUCCCUAGAAUAUGUUUACCAGAUUCAAGAAGUACAGGAAAGCAAGAAAUUCUGCAUUGUAGAACCAGUACUGACGUUCCUGCACUGUCUCUUCACUUCCAACAAUCUCACCUUUGAACUGACUCAGGAUUUUCUUCCCUACAAACAGCAGCUGCAACUCAGUCUUCAGAAUACUCGAAAUCAUUUCAGCAGCACCCGCGAGGAACUGGAGGAUCUGAAGAAACGAAUGACUGAGGCGCCCAUGAUGUGCAAGCUGAGGGGACAAAGCACCAUUGAGGGAUACUUGUACUCCCAGGAAAAACGGGCCCUUGGCAUUACAUGGGUGAAACAUUACUGCAAAUAUGAAAAGGAGGGGAAGGUUCUAAGCAUGAUGCCUUUGGAGCAAAAACCAGGCUCCAGGCAGGGGAACCAGGAGCUGACCCUCAAGUCUUGCAUCAGACGGAAGAGCGAUUCUAUUGACAAGAGGUUUUGCUUUGAUGUAGAGACCAAUGAGAGGCCAGGAACGCUCACCUUGCAGGCUUUAUCAGAGACCAAUCGACGCCUGUGGAUUGAAGCGAUGGAUGGGAAGGAGCCUAUCUAUCAUAGCCCUAUAACAAAGAGAGAUGAAAUGGAACUAAAUGAGGUGGGAUUCCGGUUUGUCCGAAAGUGCAUCAACGCAGUAGAGGCUACAGGGAUUACAUCAGAAGGAGUGUACAGAACCGUGGGGAGCAACAUCCAAGUACAGAAGCUUCUCAAUGCAUUUUUUGACCCCAAAUGCCCAGGGAAUGUGGACCUGCAGAACAGUGAAUGGGACAUAAAAACAAUCACCAGUUCUCUGAAGUUCUACCUCAGGAAUCUAUCAGAACCAGUCAUGACCUACAAACUGCACCGAGACCUUGUGCUGGCUUCAAAGUCUGAGAAUCUGGAUUAUCGCUUAGGAGCCAUUCACUGCCUGGUGUAUAGACUGCCAGAAAACCACAGGGAAAUGCUGGAGCUCAUCAUACGUCACCUGUCCAGGGUGUGUGAAUUUAGCAGAGAGAACCUCAUGUCCCCAUCUAACAUGGGUGUGAUAUUUGGCCCAACCUUGAUGAGGGCUCAGGAGGACACAGUGGCUGCCAUGAUGAACAUCAAGUUUCAGAAUAUAGUGGUAGAACUUCUCAUUGAAAACUGCAAGAAGAUAUUCUCCGGACCUCUUGAUGAUAACUGCGGCCCCCCUGUACCACCUCCCAGAAUAACUCCCCGAACCCACAUACCUAUAACCAUCUCUAAGCGGCAGGCUAGAGGAAGGAGUGGACUGCAGCUUGGUCAGAGCGAAGAAGAAGAUGAGCUUCCAGGACAUGCAUUGAACGGUUCCGUCACAAACAACCAUGAGUACCCGCUUCCCUUGCAGAGGAAAAAACUCCUUCCCAAUCUUCAAAGGGUGGAUACACCAAGUCAGUCAGAUUCUAGUUCUGAUGUGGAUGUGGCCAAGAUGGUUUCCAGGAUUCAAGAUGGAAGUGGAAAGGCUAACACUAAGCAAUUAAAUGGAGAUCUGCCUGUAUACUCAACAGCGACUAAACCUUCUGCUCUUCAUCCUAAAAGAGGUCCAACCCGUCCAGCAGUUCCCAGAGAAGCUGAAGGAGAUAAUGUUAAUAAAGUGCGAAGCCCAGGAGAAAGGCCAGUGAUUUCCCGCCCACCAACCAGACCUCCAGAUCCUCCAUGUAGGGUAGCGCUACAAAAACAGGAGCCAAGGACGGACAACUCAUCGCUAGUGAAGGAGGACACCCCUUCAUCUGUGGUGGCCUCCCGCACAAAAUUCUUUGAGAAUGCCUCGAGACCCAGAGUAAGCCCACCAUCCCCUCCCAGCCGUAUCCUCACAGAAGAAAGCUGAAGACCAAGGAGUGGAUGUACAUUGUCCCUGGCUGGUCCAAGGAAGGAUGGCAACCUGUUCAACAUUGACCCCUGCUGGCUCCAGUGGAUGUAAAUAAAAUAUAUAUUGUCCACCAAUAUGUCCUUUAGGAAGUUAUUCUCCUGAAUGCCUAAAGGUGUUACAAGGAAACAAAUACAUUCUAAAAGCUCGAGUGUUGCAGCGGAAAUCAUUAAGACUACAGCAUGUUCUUUUCAGUGGGUUACUGCCCUGUGCACUAGCGGAACCCAAGUUGGCCUUCAUGGUUGGACAGGUUUGGAAUACAAGGGAAGAGUAAAACGGAAGAAAGCAAUUAUUCAUGUCCUGUGCUCUAGUACACAAGAAGAAACGUUUUAUACUUGAACAUUCCAGCCAUGCUUUCAUAUUAUUAGUGCAUAUGCUAAAAGCUACUCCAUACAACAGCAUCAAGUAGGCAACAGCCCUCAUCAUUUGUUGCUUGGUCUUCUGAAAGAACUGUCUAUGGAAAUCAGACCAAAUAGGACAAAUGAAAGGACUAUGUCUUCAAUUUUGUUGUCCUGAGAACUUCUAGAACUUUUUUCUGUGGAGCCAAUACAGGCUCUAUGUUUCAAUGAAGGAGAAACAAACAUUUGUAAAUAACUGAGGCAAGUAUUUUUCUGAGACUUUAGUUGUUGUCUGGCAGACAGAAACAAGCCUAAAGUUCUUUCCGUUUACCUAUUCUUGCAGUUAAAUCAGAGGUUCCCUUUUCCUGCAUUGGUCUCUUGGUUUUAUUCAGCAGCCAAUCAGAAUAUUUUUAUUUUUUUCUGAUUGAGUACAGAUUUCAAUCACCAAGAAUACUGCUAUUUUGACUUGUAUUGUGCCUUAGUAAUAUUGUAGAUUGUGUGCACACUUGGGACAUUUUACAUUUGGGACCAAAAUAUUACUAUUAGUAGUACAUGCCUCAACCUCUUGUUUUUGAUAGGGCCACCCUAAGCUUUUCAGUGCAUAUUCAAUUUGUGAUAUUUUAUAACAUCACGUUUACAGUCAUUUGUGAGUGUUACAUGUACAUAAUACUUAGAAGCAAGAUGGUUUUCCUGCACAACCCACUGUGCCCUGAAAGCUAGCCAUGCAAUUGGCUGAAGUCCUUCCUCAGGAAUGCAGACAGGCCAUUGGUCUUAACUAGGAAUGGUAGAUUUUUUUUCUUCUUUAGCACACCUUUUCAUAACAAGUUCACAGUUUACUUACUUAAUGCUUAUUAGCAAUUUUUAAAGUUUUUUAAAAAUGCUUCCAAAAACAGAAUUCCUAACCGCUUACAGGAGAAUCCCCCAGAGUGAUUCCCGCAGCUUAUAAAGACAUCCCUUACUUUCCCGACAUAUGUAAAAGCACCACACACGAUUACAGUCUCCCUCUGUCCUUGGGAAUCACUGAAAGGAGUUUAUAUAAACUGUGAAAAAAAAAUCACUUUCCCUUUAGCCAUCUGUAAAUAUAUCAAGGCUGGCAGUAAGUCUGCCGUGAGGUUACAAUUCUUUAGCAAAAAUAAUAUUAAGGCAAAGGACAGACAUACUGUAGAUAGUACCAAAUACCCCGUUUCAUAUCUAAUGUCUGUCUGACAUUUCAUCAUUUACAUUGGUAUAUAAAGCAUCUCACUUAUGAGAUUAUUUAGAAAACAAAAGGUUUGUGGACCAAAAAAGCAAAAAUAUACUUUAGUUAUAAGUGGGGUUUAUCUUAGAAGACAAAGCAGGAUGAACAUGGCUAGUACAUAAUAUUUGCUCCUUACCUAUUUGUAUUGGUACAAAGAUGCUCUGAUACUCUACAGCUUAAUAAAGAAAUAUAAAUGAAGGCUAAAUUAUGAUUGCAAAGAGAAGGACUUUCAGAAUCCAGCACAAUAAUGCUGCUUUUUUUUUUUAAUGUGGAUAGAGCCAGAAUGAAUUUUCCAGUGCUCUUUGUCUGCCCUGAUCGGCAGCCAUUUUAUUCUUGUUGCUUUUCAGUGCACUUUUCUUGCAUUGUAACAGUUCUGUGAAUAGUUGUGUAAAAUUUCCUUUGUACAUUUUUUUAGUGUUUUGUCGUUUUUAUGAAGGGUCGGGGUUUUCAGAUGGUUUUAAUGGAGCACGUGAAGGAUAAACUAAAUAAACCGACUGUUCCCUGGAA